AUGCGUCGUACUGGUUUCCCAAUUCGCGAAUUUCGUUUCCCGUUCCCUUUUCCCCCACAUGCGCACCUGAAACCUUGCCUUUUCCUUUCCCUUUCCGCUCCCCCUCCCACUCUGCCCCGCCAUAACGCAACACAAACUUCCCAUCCUGUCCUCCUCCUUUCCAUUUUUCCCUCCCCACUUCCCUCUCCACCCUCACCCCAUUUCCCCCCCCCCCCCCUUUCCCUUCCGUUCCCCCUCCCGCUUCCUUCCUUCCCCGCGCCCCGUUCCCCGCCUCCCGCGCAGGUGUGGUUCCGCAACGUGCCGCACACGACGAUCGCGGACAACAAGCGCAACAAGAACUGGAUGGCGCGCCAGGGCGACAGGUGGCACUUCCCGGGCGGCGGGUCCAUGUUCCCCGACGGCGUGGAAGGGUAUCUGUACCACCUGCGCCAGAUCGUGGAACUGGGCCCCAACGUGCGGACUGCACUGGAUAUUGGAUCAGGGGUGAGUGCGGGUGGGCGAAGGGGGAGAAAGGGGAGAGGGGGAUUGGGAGGUGAGGGCGGCGGGUCCAUGUUCCCCGACGGCGUGGAGGGGUAUCUGUACCACCUGCGGCAGAUCGUGGAACUGGGGCCGAAUGUGCGGACAGCGUUGGAUAUCGGCUCAGGGAUCGUAGAGCUGGGCCCCAACGUGCGCACGGCGCUCGAUAUCGGUUCGGGGGUGAGUGCUGGGGGUGGGAGAAUAGGGAGAAAGGGGAGGGAGGCAGAAGGCGAGUGGAGGGGCAAUGGGCGAUCUGCCAUGUGCCACGAAGGGCAAGCACCCGUCCCUCCCUCGUGCCCCCCGCUCCAUCUCCCCGCGUCUCCCCUCCCCACCUCCAAAACCCCUCCUCUCUCCCCGCUCCCUACCGUCUACCAGAUGCCCUCCUUAUGGCGUGCUGUGCUGGCCGUGUCACUCGCCCUUAAACGACCACCAUGCCCCCCUCCCUCCCCGCGCCUUUCUUUGGCCCUUCCCUUCGCCCUUCCCCCCACCUUCCCUCCUUCCCUGCCCUCGGCCCUCCCCAUCGUCCACCCCUUGCCUCCUCGCCCCAACACCGCGUUCUGGUCUUCCCUUGUUGUUCCCACCCAACAGGUGGCCAGCUUCGGAGCGGCACUGCUGGAUUACGGCGUGCUGACCAUGUCCAUCGCCCCCAAGGACUCUGCCUCCCACACUUCUCCUCUGCACCACAUCCCUGCGUCCCCCUUCACCACCUCUCACCUCCCUCCCCCCUUCUCUGCCCCCCUCCCCCUCUCCGCCGUCUUCCCCUCCUCUUCCUCCCUUCCUGCACCCCAACAGGUCGCCAGCUUUGGGGCGGCUCUGCUGGACUACGGAGUGCUGACCAUGUCCAUCGGCCCCAAGGACUCGUACCGCGCUCACACCCUCCCUCCCCCCGUGCCUUACUCUCUCCCGUCCCUUGUUCCCUUCCCCAGGUCGCCAGUCGCCAGCUUUGGGGCGGCUCUGCUGGACUACGGAGUGCUGACCAUGUCCAUCGCCCCCAAGGACUCGUACCGCGCUCACACCCUCCCUCCCCCCGUGCCUUACUCUCUCCCGUCCCUUGUUCCCUUCCCCAGCUUUGGGGCGGCUCUGCUGGACUACGGAGUGCUGACCAUGUCCAUCGCCCCCAAGGACUCGUACCGCGCUCACACCCUCCCUCCCCCCGUGCCUUACUCUCUCCCGUCCCUUGUUCCCUUCCCCAGCUUUGGGGCGGCUCUGCUGGACUACGGAGUGCUGACCGUCGCCAGCUUUGGGGCGGCUCUGCUGGACUACGGAGUGCUGACCGUCGCCAGCUUUGGGGCGGCUCUGCUGGACUACGGAGUCGCCAGCUUUGGGGCGGCUCUGCUGGACUACGGAGUGCUGACCAUGUCCAUCGCCCCCAAGGACUCGUACCGCGCUCACACCCUCCCUCCCCCCGUGCCUUACUCUCUCCCGUCCCUUGUUCCCUUCCCCAGCUUUGGGGCGGCUCUGCUGGACUACGGAGUGCUGACCAUGUCCAUCGCCCCCAAGGACUCGUACCGCGCUCACACCCUCCCUCCCCCCGUGCCUUACUCUCUCCCGUCCCUUGUUCCCUUCCCCAGCUUUGGGGCGGCUCUGCUGGACUACGGAGUCGCCAGCUUUGGGGCGGCUCUGCUGGACUACGGAGUGCUGACCAUGUCCAUCGCCCCCAAGGACUCGUACCGCGCCCAGAUCCAGUUCGCCCUGGAGAGAGGCCUGCCCGCCAUGAUCGGGCUGCUCGCCACGCACCGCCUGCCCUUCCCCGCUCGCUCGUUCGAUUUGAUCCACUGCUCCCGCUGCUCUGCUUCGUUUGGGGAUGAGAACUCCACGCACGUGUACGAGGUGGAUCGACUCCUCCGUCCCAACGGGGUCUUCAUCCUGGCGGGGCAGCCGGUGGCGUGGCGCGGCAAGAUCGCGGAGUGGAAGCGGCUGCGGCUGCUGGGCAAGGCGCUGUGCUGGGAGCUGCUCAAGACCGUGGGGAACGUGGCCGUGUGGCGCAAGCUGGGAGGCGACGCGUGCCGCGUGGGCGUGGAGGGGGAUGGGCGGGAUGUGCCGCUCUGCUCGCCUGCUCUUGAUCCUGAUGAUGCCUGUGACCCCAUACAUAACCUGUCUGAGCCGUGUGUAAUAUCAGAUCUUCCUUACUCUCUCCCUGCCUUCCUCCACCUCCCCUUCCCCCCCCUCUUCCCCUCUUCCCCACCCUUCCCUCUUCCCCCCCCGCCCUUCCCUCCCCCGUCCGUCUUCCCCGUUCCGCCCUCCCCCUCUCUCUUCUUCCCUAUCCCUCACCUCACCAGGUAUGUGAAGCUACAACCAUGUGCAGUGCCCUCCGCGCCCCCCUCCUGGCCCACCCCCCCCUGGCCCAUGCGCCUGCACACCCCCUCCCCCCGCGUGCAACUCGCCCUCCCCGCCUCCUCCAAAGCCUCUCUCUCCGACUGGCUCGCUGAGUCUUCUGAAAACGGCCAGACCUCUGCCUCCUCCUCCUCGUCUUCCUCUUCUGCUUCGUCUGCUGCUGCUGCUGGUGCUGCUGGUGGGGGUAGCAGUGGGGGGUUAGAUAGGGCUGGUUUGAAUGGGGAGAGAGGGGCGGAGGGGGGCGGUCGUGGUGGGGGAGGGGGAGGGGGAGCAGGGGAUGGGGGAGAGGGCGACGACAACCGGAACGUAGUGGGGAGAGUGGAGCUGGCAAGCGCAGGAGCAGUGAAAGUGGUGGUGGAUGGGAUACUAGCACAGGGAGGCAAGGAGGACGACGCAGAGGAGGACCGGGAAAGCGGUCGGGGAGGGGGAGGGGGAGCGAGGGAAAGCCGCAGGGACAGCGGCAACAACCCUCAGCGCCGGCUGUUGCUUUCAGUCGACGAGGAACGCGAGGGGGGAGGGAGCGGGGGCGGCGGCGGGGGAGGAGGGGGAGAGACGGAGCAGUUCAAGCUGCUGUCUCUGGAGCGCAAGCGGUGGCGCCGGCGGUUGCUGCACUACCAGAAGCUCUUUCUUGGACCGCUGCUCUCCUCGGGGCGUGUUCGAAACGUGCUGGAUAUGAACGCGGGGAUCGGGGGCCUGGCAGCUGCUUUGGAAGAUGAGCAACUGAAGGCCGAGAGGGAGAGGGAGAUGGGGAGGGGGGUGGGGAGGGGGAGGGGGAGGGAGUUGCAGCAGCAGCAGGAGGAGCAGCAGCGAGGGGGAGUGUCUCCGGUGUGGGUGAUGAAUGUGGUGCCUAGUACGGGGCCCAACACACUGCCUGCUAUCUAUGACCGUGGGCUUGUAGGCACUGUGCAUGACUGGUGUGAAUCAUUCUCAUCGUACCCUCGCACCUACGACCUCAUUCACCUCCUCUCCACCGCGCCUCUCAUGCCCUCCAAGGAGCGCUGUGAGAUUGCAGACAUAGUCGUGGAGAUGGACCGACUCCUCCGCCCAGGAGGCACUGUCAUUGUGCGCGACCUCCCCGGGCCUCUCGCUGUGGUGGCCCAGGCAGCUAGAGCCGCCCAGUGGUCUCUCGCCUUCUUCCCUCCGGAGACCAAGAAAAGCCCGGAGCGCAUUCUUGUGGCCACUAAGCCAGUGCCGGCUGGGUUUGAAGGGACAGACUCGCUGGGAGGAGACGGGGAGAGUGAUGGGGAAGGAGAGGUGGAGGGUUCUGAUGGGUUGGUAGGGGGGGGUGAGGGUGGGGAUGGUGAGGAGCGGGGUGGGGGAGGGAGGAGGGGGUCUGAUGGGGAAGGUGGAGCGGGUGGGGGGGUGGCGUUUGAAGGGAGAUCGGGUAUGGCUCAUGCAGCUGCAGCUGCGGCGGCGGCAGCAAUUGAUGCCAAGGCCGGAAGGUCUGGCAAUAACUAG